CAUUCCAUUGUGCGGAGUACUUAUAUAAGCAUCAUCAAGGGUGCGAUUCGCUUUAUUUAAAUAAUAAUAUAAUGACCGAAGUUAGAAAGGAUGAUGUUGUAAAAAUUCUUCACACCUAUCCGCUUUGUAGAAAAUGUGAUAUGUCAGAUGAGAUGAAGCAGGAAGCGAUGGAAUUAUGCGUGACUGCAGCAGAAAAGUAUGCAGACAAUUAUGAGAGCGUGUCUCGAAUGAUCAAGGAAACAAUGGAUAAGAAAUUUGGUGCAUCAUGGCAUACUGUCGUUGGAGAAGGCUAUGGCUUUGAAAUAACUUAUCAAUUAAAGCACCUUUUGUAUAUGUAUUGCGCCGGCAAUUUAGCGAUAUGCAUUUGGAAAUCUGCAUAGAAUAACUUUGAUAAUUAAAAUGCAUUUUUAAUAGAUUAUAUAUGUGUGAAUUAAUUCAAAAUAUUUGUAAAUGUGCGUAAAGGUGUUUGUAUUAUACAUAUAUAAUAGUGAUAACGAAAGAAAAGAAUAUUUUUUAUGUGUCUUGUAAGUAUGCAUGGGUCCAAUGUAUUUAAGUUGGAUAUUUAUAUUAUGAUAAUUAAAUACAAUUGCGCGUAUAUGGAGAAACAAUAUUAUAAGUAAAUAUAUCUAGAUGCACACAUAUAAGAUAUAACAAACUGAUUGAAAUAAGAAUGUACUGAAUACCUUCCUUCUCUCUGACAAAACUUAUAUUUAUAAUCAUCAUUACAUAAUGGGAGAAUAAUUAAUGUAUAUGACAAUUGUAUAUAAAAGAUUCAACAUUGAAAUGUAUAAUUUUUUUGUAAGAAGAUAUAAUAUACAUUUAAAAAAAAAUA